CGCGGCGGGGCGGGGCGGGCCCUGCGGCCGGACGUCGAGCCCGGGAGCGCCCCCUCCUCGGAGCUGCGCAGCUCUGCGCGAGGGAGGGAAGGCGGGACCGCGGGGCGGCCGGCCGCGGGAGGGACGGAGCCCAACCUCCGGUGUCCAGGCCCGGCCGGCCUUCGGCCUGAACCGCGGACGCCAUGGCGUCCGUGCAAGCGUCGCGGCGCCAGUGGUGCUACCUGUGCGACCUGCCCAAGAUGCCGUGGGCCAUGGUGUGGGACUUCAGCGAGGCCGUGUGCCGGGGGUGCGUGAACUUCGAGGGCGCCGACCGCAUCGAGCUGCUCAUCGAGGCGGCCAGACAGCUCAAGCGCAGCCACUCUCUGCCCGAGGGCCGUUCCCCUGGGCCCCCAGCGCUCAAGCCCCCCUCCAGCACCGGCAAGGAGGCCGUGGGGACCCAGCCCCCGGAUCGCUACGACCGGGCGUCGUCGUCCUCGUCGUCCUCGUCUUCGUCUUCCAUCGCCACGGCUGCAGCCUCCUCCGGGCAGACCUCCCGAAUGCCCCUGGCCCCUGCCACCCUGGACUUCGGGAUAGGGGCCCGGCUGGCCAAUGGGGAAGCAGAUGGGGCCCGGAGGGCUCUGCUGGGGGCCAUGCCUGGCUUGGUCUCGCCUGGGCUGCUAGCAGCUGCCGUCUCCGGGCUGGGUGGCCGGGGGAUGGCACUGGGGGCCCGCCCAAGCUUUGGGGCCGAUUUUGAGAAGGAGAAGGCCGUGGCUGGGGUUGGUGCGGGGGGCGUUGUGGGCAGCCAGCCUCCGAGGGCAGCAGACUGCCUGGCAGAGCUGAAUGAGGCCAUGCGUGGCCGAGCCGAGGAAUGGCAUGGGCGGCCCAAGGCUGUUCGGGACCAGCUGCUGGCGCUUUCAGCCUGUGCCCCCUUCAAUGUCCGAUUCAAGAAGGACCAUGGGCUGGUGGGGCGAGUGUUUGCCUUUGAUGCUACUGCCCGCCCCCCAGGCUAUGAGUUUGAGCUAAAGCUCUUUACUGAAUACCCUUGUGGCUCUGGGAAUGUCUAUGCCGGCGUCCUGGCAGUGGCCCGCCAGAUGUUCCACGAUGCCCUCCGGGAGCCAGGCAAAGCUCUGGCCUCAUCGGGCUUCAAGUACCUAGAGUAUGAGAAACGGCACGGCUCUGGAGAGUGGCGACAGUUGGCCGAGCUCCUCACCGACGGGGUGCGCACCUUCCGGGAGCCCGCUCCUGCUGAGGCCCUGCCUCUGCAGUCCCCCGAUGGUGCCUCUGCUCGCCCGGCAAGGACCCCCGGCCCGGUCCCCAGGAGGCGCAAAGCCUCACCUGAGCCGGAGGGGGAGGCAGCUGGGAAGCUGACCAGUGAAGAGCAUCAGCAGCAGCAGCAGCAGCAACAGCAGCAGCAGCAGCAGCAGCGCCAUUGGGGAGCAGCCCCGUAUGCGGGUGAGCCCACGGUAGCAGCAGCUGGGGCUCCUUCUCCCAUUGCAGCCCUGAAGACAGUGGCUGAAGGGCUGGGUCAGUCACCCAAGGAGGGAGGUGGUGGAGGUCCUGGGAGGGCUGGAGGAGCCAGCCCAGCAGGCUCAUCCCCAGCUGCUCCUCAGAGGCUAGUAGCCCGUAAUGGAGAGGCAGAGGGGGAAUCUGGGAGUGGUGGAGUGGCCGGGGCAGGUGGUGGGACCAGUGGGGCUGGGGCUCCCCUGUGUUGCACUCUGUGCCGGGAAAGGCUGGAGGACACCCACUUUGUCCAGUGCCCUUCAGUGCCCGGCCACAAAUUUUGCUUCCCCUGUUCGAGGGAGUUUAUCAAGACCAUGGGCCCUGCUGGUGAGGUCUACUGCCCCAGUGGGGACAAGUGCCCACUAGUGGGGUCCAGUGUGCCCUGGGCCUUCAUGCAGGGUGAGAUUGCCACCAUCCUGGCAGGUGACAUCAAAGUGAAGAAGGAGCGGGAUCCUUAAACUUGGCCCUCCCUCCUUCCCACAUCCCUUCCUAGGCCCCAGGUUUCUGGGAUCCUGGACCCUGCAGCUAAAUUAUUCCUUCUGAGCAGCCCUUGCCCCCACACCCUUCCCUUACCCACGGACUGAGCUUUCCUAGAGCUAAUUCUGGGGGGAAACAGCCUUGAGGACACCCCCAGAGCUCUUAGCUGAGCCCUGCCAAACUCCUGGUUCCCAGGCCCCAGGCUGUGCUUUCCCAGAACAGCCACCCCAGAUUUGGGGGGGAAGAUGGGGCCAGAGCAUCCCCAAAAUCCAGAGCAGGAGACCCAGGUGUCUGGGUACUUGCCUUUGGACAAAACUCUCUGGAACUUCUUCCCCCCAAUUUCCAGUGGGAGAUGGAGCCAAGGACAUUCCAGAGCCCUUUGACGCCUAGGUUCCAUCUCCUUCACACUGAGCUUCUUUGCAGUGGGUGUCUACUGUUUGAGAAGGGCUCAUAUUCUAGGACUGUCCCAAAGCUCAGAGCUGAGGGACCUGGCCCCUGGAUUUCACAGGGCCCCAAAGCUCAGAGCUGAGCCCAGAGAUGUCUGGGACCCUGACUUUAGACAAAACAAUGCCAACCACAAAAAGACUCUGGAACCAUUGCCUCCAAUUCCAAGCGGAGAGCUGGAUUUAAAGACGCCCCCAAACCCCAGAGCUGGGACUGUGGACGCACUGUGGGUCCUUGCCAUUCAUUAGCGCUUCCCGGGAAUGGUCACCUCUGGUUCCAGGGGAGACCAGUUCAAGCACACCUCCAAAGCCCAGCAUCCAGGAUACUGGAUGCUCGGGUUCUGACUCCAUACAGAGCUUCCCCAGAACAAUUGACCUCUGAGUCCGAUGGGUCCAGGGGUGAAUCCCAAAGCUGGGCACCGUGCUUUUGGAUAAAGCUUUCUGAAACAGCCAACACUCUCUCCCCUGGGGUUGGGAGUGUGUGUGUGUAAUGUGAUGGUUUUCAGGUCAGCAUUGAAGCCCUCAGUUCCUGGGUCCUGCCCUUCCUCAGGAGCUUCCUUGGGGGGGAGGGGAAAGGGGGGAAAUGGGAGACAUUCAAGGAAGACCUCCCCAUAGGCACCCUGGGCUCCCACCCUUCAAGUCUUUCCCCAAAUCCAAGGGGAUAUGGGGUCGAUGCUAGCAGAGCACUGGUCUUAUCUGGUGGGGGCCUCCACCCAAUCUAGCACUCUAGGAACAGUCAGCUCACAAUCUGGGGGGAAAGAUGUGGAUGGAGCCAUAGAUUUCCCUUGCCGGGGCCCUCAAUGCUUUGGUGGGGAGGGGUACUUUUCAAGCCUGUGACUCCCCCACCCCCACAGGGGGUCAUAGUUAGUCCCCUUCCCCCACUUCUAGUGCUUGGCUUUGCUGCUGCUUGUAACAGGGGGAGGGGGGAAGGGCCCCAAUCUGCCCUUUCAGAAAGAACACCUGGAUUAAGAAACUCCUUUUGGGGGGCAGGGGAUCCUCCUUCAAUAAAGCAAAGUUUGGGGUUUUUU